AGCUCAGGCCUGUCCUCCUCAGCGGCCUCGGCAGCACCAGCGCCGGCCGCCACCGCCUCUGUAAAGCGGAGGAGGAGCGGCUGAGGGAGUCAGAGGAAGAGGAGGACCCUGCGGAGAGGGAUGCCCGGCGAGGCGGCCCGGUGGUGAAUGCUGAGGAGAGUCACCGUUGCUGUAGUAGUGCGGGCCGCUGGGAAGAAGUUCUGGUGGGAGGCCGGGCGGGAGCUCGCAGCACUGAGAAGAAUCGAAGCGCGGGGACGGUGCGAAGACUCUGCCGCCACCAAACCCUCUCGUGCUCUGACCAUGCCUGGAAGGAACAAGGCGAAGUCGACCUGCAGCUGUCCGGACCUGCAGCCCAAUGGAGAGGACGUGGGCGAGAGCGGCCGGGUUGCCGGCUUAGGAGCCGAUGAGUCUGAGGAGGAGGGACGCAGGGGGUCUGUCAGUAAUGCCGGAGACCCAGAGAUCGUCAAGUCCCCCAGCGACCCCAAGCAAUACCGAUACAUCAAAUUAAAGAAUGGCUUGCAGGCACUUUUGAUUUCAGACCUAAGUAACAUGGAAGGUAAAACAGGAGAUGCAACAGAUGAUGAAGAAGAAGAUGAAGAAGGAGAAGAAGAUGAUGAUGAUGAAGAUGAAGAUUCUGGAGCUGAAAUAGAAGAUGACGAAGAGGGUUUUGAUGAUGAAGAUGAGUUUGAUGAUGACAAUGAACAUGAUGAUGAUGAUGAUGAUCUUGUUACUGAGGAUAAUGAAUUGGAAGAAUUAGAAGACAGAGCAGAAGCUAGAAAGAAACCGACUGAAAAACAGCCAUUGCAGAGCCUGUUUUUGCUGUGGUCAAAGCUGACUGAUAUACUCUGGUUUAAGUCAACUUAUACAAAAAUGUCUUCAACCCUGCUGGUCGAGACAAGAAAACUUAAUGGGGUAGUUGGAGCUGAAAGCAGGUCUGCACCUGUUCAGAAUUUGGCAGGAUGGCAAGAGGAGGAGCAGCAGGGUGAAACUGACACAGUUCUGUCCGCAGCUGCUCUUUGUGUUGGAGUUGGGAGUUUUGCUGAUCCGGAUGACCUGCCAGGGCUGGCACACUUUUUGGAACACAUGGUAUUCAUGGGUAGUUUGAAAUAUCCAGAUGAGAAUGGGUUUGAUGCCUUCCUGAAGAAACAUGGUGGUAGUGACAAUGCCUCAACUGAUUGUGAACGUACAGUCUUCCAGUUUGAUGUCCAGAGAAAAUACUUCAAAGAAGCCUUGGAUAGCAUUGAGAAUUUGUCCUAUAAACUUGAAUUUCUAGGUAAUAAAGCAGAUACUAAAUUUCAUUUCAUUAAUACUGUUCCUUUAAAAUUGACAGAAUACCAACUAGCCCGACCUUCUGAUGCAAACAGAAAAGAAAUGUUGUUUGGAAGUCUUGCUAGACCUGGACAUCCUAUGGGGAAAUUUUUUUGGGGAAAUGCUGAGACUCUCAAACAUGAGCCAAAACGGAAUAAUAUUGAUACACAUGCUAGACUAAGAGAAUUCUGGAUGCGCUACUACUCUGCUCAUUAUAUGACUUUAGUGGUUCAGUCUAAAGAAACUCUGGAUACUUUGGAAAAAUGGGUGACUGAAAUCUUCUCUCAAAUACCCAACAAUGGGUUAUCCAAACCAAACUUUGGCCAUUUAAUGGAGCCAUUUGACACACCAGCAUUUAACAAACUUUAUAGAGUGGUUCCAAUCAGAAAAAUUCAUGCUCUGACAAUCACAUGGGCACUUCCCCCUCAACAACAACAUUAUAGGGUGAAACCACUUCAUUAUAUCUCUUGGCUGGUUGGGCAUGAAGGCAAAGGCAGCAUUCUUUCUUAUCUUAGAAAAAAGUGCUGGGCUCUUGCACUUUUUGGUGGAAAUGGUGAGACGGGGUUUGAGCAAAAUUCUACAUAUUCCGUGUUCAGCAUUUCUAUAACAUUGACUGAUGAAGGUUAUGAGCAUUUCUAUGAGGUUGCUCAUACUGUCUUCCAGUAUUUAAAAAUGCUACAGACGCUAGGCCCAGACAAAAGAAUUUUUGAAGAGAUUCAGAAAAUUGAGGAUAAUGAAUUUCAUUACCAAGAACAGACAGAUCCAGUUGAGUAUGUGGAAAACAUUUGUGAAAACAUGCAGCUGUACCCAAUGCAAGACUUUCUCACUGGAGAUCAACUUCUUUUUGAAUAUCAUCCAGAUGUCAUUGCCGAAGCCCUUAAUCAGCUAGUUCCUCAAAAAGCAAAUCUUGUUCUUCUGUCUGGUGCUAAUGAGGGAAAUUGUGACCUCAAGGAGAAGUGGUUUGGGACUCAGUAUAGUAUGCAAGAAAUUGAAACCUCUUGGACUGAACUGUGGAGUAGUAAUUUUGAAUUGAAUCCAGAACUACAUCUUCCAGCUGAAAACAAGUACAUAGCCACGGACUUCACAUUGAAGGCUUUUGAUUGCCCUGAGACAGAGUACCCUGUUAAAAUUGUGAACACACCACAAGGUUGCCUGUGGUAUAAGAAAGACAACAAGUUCAAAAUUCCCAAAGCAUAUAUACGUUUUCAUCUGAUCUCACCUUUGAUACAGAAGUCUGCAGCAAAUGUGGUCCUCUUUGAUAUCUUUGUCAACAUCCUUACCCACAACCUUGCGGAGCCAGCUUAUGAAGCAGAUGUGGCACAGCUGGAGUAUAAACUGGUAGCUGGAGAACAUGGUUUAAUUAUUCGAGUGAAAGGAUUCAACCACAAACUACCUCUACUGUUCCAGCUCAUUAUUGACUACUUAGCUGAAUUCAGUUCCACACCAGCUGUCUUUACGAUGAUAACUGAACAGUUGAAGAAGACUUACUUUAACAUCCUCAUUAAGCCCGAGACUCUGGGCAAAGAUGUGCGGCUUUUAAUCCUGGAAUAUUCCCGUUGGUCCAUGAUUGAUAAGUACCGGGCUUUAAUGGAUGGCCUCUCCCUUGAGUCUCUGCUGAGCUUUGUCAAAGAGUUCAAGUCCCAGUUCUUUGUUGAGGGCUUGGUACAAGGGAAUGUCACAGGCACGGAGUCUAUGGAUUUCCUGAAAUACGGUGUUGACAAGCUGAACUUCAUCCCUCUGGAACAGGAGAUGCCUGUGCAGUUCCAGGUGGUAGAACUGCCCCGUGGCCACCAUCUAUGCAAAGUGAAAGCCCUGAACAAGGGUGAUGCCAACUCUGAAGUCACUGUGUACUACCAGUCAGGUGCCAGGAGUCUGAGAGAAUACACUCUUAUGGAGCUGCUUGUGAUGCACAUGGAAGAGCCCUGUUUUGACUUCCUUCGAACCAAGCAGACACUUGGGUAUCAUGUCUACUCUACCUGUAGAAACACAUCUGGGAUUCUAGGAUUUUCUGUCACCGUUGGGACUCAGGCAACCAAAUACAACUCUGAAGUUGUUGAUAAGAAGAUAGAAGAGUUUCUUUCUAGCUUUGAGGAGAAGAUUGAAAAUCUCACCGAAGAGGCAUUUAACACUCAGGUUACAGCGCUGAUCAAGCUGAAGGAGUGUGAGGAUACACACCUUGGAGAAGAAGUAGAUAGGAACUGGAACGAAGUGGUGACACAGCAGUAUCUCUUUGAACGCCUUGCCCAUGAGAUUGAAGCACUGAAGUCAUUCUCAAAAUCAGACCUGGUCAACUGGUUCAAGGGUCACAGAGGAGCAGGAAGUAAAAUGCUUAGUGUUCACGUUGUUGGGUAUGGGAAAUAUGAGCUGGAAGAUGAAAAUGCUCCCUCUGGCAAGGAUUCCAACUGUUCUUAUGGUGAAGUGAUGCAGCUAACCUACCUGCCAACCUCUCCUCUGCUGGCAGAUUCCACCAUCUCCAUUACCGAUAUCAGGGCUUUCACAUCAAGACUUAACCUUCUCCCCUACCACAAAAUAGUCAAAUAAACUGCAGUCUCGUUGGCCUGACCUGAA